CCAAGGCUCAGCAUCCCCAGCAGGCCGCCGGCGUUCGUCAGGGGCUGCGAGCUGGCGGGGACGGACAGCAGGGACACGGUGGCCCUUGGGGGGACUUGUCCCCGCUGUCCCCUCGCGUCAUCGGCCACCGGGGGGGUGGGGUUCGUUUCGCAGCCAUCGAGGACGAAUACAGCGGCCCCAAGCUGGAUGGCGGCAAGGUGACGCUGGCUUUCAUGAAGGAGCUGAUGCAGUGGUACAAGGAGCAGAAGAAACUCCACAGAAAAUGUGCCUACCAGAUCCUGGUGCAGGUGAAGGAGGUGUUGGCCAAGCUCCCCACGUUAGUAGAAACGACGUUGAAAGAGGUGGGUGCCCCUCGCCGGGUGCCACCGGCGGGGCGUGUGCGGGGAGGCCGAAGUCCCCAAGCGGUGACAUUUCACCCCGGCUCAUCCCGAACGCAGACGGAGCAGGUGACGUCACCCCCACCCCCCCCACCCCCCUUUGUCCCCGACGUCCCGGUGACGCUGGCCUUCCCGCAGAACGGUCGCUCCGUCAGCAAGCGUGGGGUCAGCUGCCAAUUCGGUCCCGAUGUCACCAAGAGCUUCCUGGAGCGCAACCGCCUCGAUUACAUCAUCCGUAGCCACGAGGUGAAGCCCGAGGGCUACGAGGUGGCCCACGAUGGCAAAUGUGUCACCGUCUUCUCCGCCCCCAACUACUGCGACCAGAUGGGCAAUAAGGGCUCCUACAUCCACCUGCGAGGCAGCGACCUGCGCCCCGACUUCCACCAGUUCACAGCAGUGCGCCUGACGCCGUCCCCGCGGUGA